GCAGAGCAGAAACAACAUCCCGAGAGGAGUCAUGUGGUGCAGCAAAAGUCAGAUUUUUGUCGGUUUCGCUGCGGCUUUUUGUCUGAUGGGGUUCAUUUACAUUUACACUGGAAGAGACUGGUCCAACUGGUUGCUGAGGGAGCAGGUGCUCUGCUCUGCGGUGGACUCCAAAACACCAGAACUUUACAACCGCUGCAAAGUAGAAGAGCUUCUGAUGAGUCCUGGGUUGAAAUAUGCCCAGCCGAGCACACUGAUCGGACGCACUGAUGUAAACUCAGUGACAAACUGGAACGCACCGCUGGUCUGGGAGGGGACCUUUGACCCCGUGGUCAUGGACAACAUCUAUAAACGAGAAAAUCCGAGGAUCGCUGUGCUGGUUUUAGCUGUUGGCAA